CAGGUGGGGGUUUUGUUCUGGUCGUGUAACGGGACACAGGACGCGGGGGUGAUGAGCCGCAUAUCGCGUGCUGCGUGCGUCAGAGAGGACGUGGUAGGACAGCUGGAGCUCGCGCGCCCGAAGAGCAAUAACAGCAUUUUCAGCGACAUCGCUCGAUUUACGCCAUGCAAAUAACACGAGAAGAUGAAACGGGACUGGUACUAUAGAGAAUGUAAGACAUUUGUCGUGUAUCUGAUCUCCUAAUGCUUCCUAUAAUUUAUGACUAACACGAUUUGGGACGUUGCUUCACAGUCGCCAGAUCUCAGGGAAUAAUUGAGUCUUAACCACCACAUACCCCGACAAACCCAAGAAGCAUGCCAGAGCAGAGCAACGAUUACCGGGUGGUGGUGUUUGGAGCAGGGGGAGUGGGCAAGAGCUCCCUGGUUCUGCGCUUCGUUAAAGGCACCUUCAGGGACACCUACAUCCCGACAGUGGAGGACACAUACCGGCAGGUCAUCAGCUGCGACAAGAGCGUAUGCACUCUGGAGAUCACCGACACCACUGGCAGCCACCAGUUCCCUGCUAUGCAGCGUCUGUCCAUCUCCAAAGGCCACGCCUUCAUCCUGGUCUACUCCAUCACAAGCAGGCAGUCGCUGGAGGAGCUGAAGCCCAUCUACCAGCAAGUGCUGGCCAUCAAAGGUAACGUGGAGAACAUCCCCAUCAUGCUUGUUGGCAACAAGAGUGACGAGACCCAGCGCGAGGUGGAGACCAAGGAGGGGGAAGCUCAGGCAAAUAUCUGGAAAUGCGCGUUCAUGGAAACAUCAGCCAAGACCAACACCAACGUGAAGGAGCUUUUUCAAGAGCUCCUGAAUCUGGAUAAGAAGCGUGAUAUGAGUCUGAACAUGCGCUCCAGCAAGCAGAGACGUGCAGACAAGCUGAAGGCCAAGUGCAGUGUGAUGUAGGAGGCUGGAUCCACGAUCGCAUCACUCAACGUGUAACUGACUUCUCGAAAAUGUACAUAAGUCCCUCACCUUAAAGGAACAGUAUGCACAAAAAAUUUAACUUCUGUCAUCGUUUACUUAUUGUCCUGUCAUUUUAAUCAGGGUCGUCCUUAGGGGGGUGCAACUGGUGCAGUCGCACCGGGCUCCGCACUUGUGUGGGCCCCGCAGCGAACGGACCUCCCCCCCCCCCAG